GAAUUCAACGUGAUGAUAAGACGAACAAUCCUGCUUAUCACCGUUUGGCUAUAAAAACGUGGAAAAGAAAACUGAAGAAACUAUUUAAAUGUGUAACAUUGCUUGGUGCGCUUGGUACUUUGGAGCUCCCAACUUGACUACGAGCGGUGAAUCGAUCUGUGAGUGGUGAAAAACUGGAAUAAUGGAAAGUGCGCUAAAGGAAGACAAUGUUCAUGUCUUGCAAGGCCCUCCGGCCACUUUCCCUUUGCUUGAGGAGCUGCUCGGUCUCACCCUCCAUCGGAAUCUACUGGAAAUGCCUUCAGGAGGGGUUGCAAUGAUCGACGCUUUUUCCAACCAAACGCUCCUCUGGCGCGACCUGCACCAACAGGCAGUUAACUUGGCGGCGGCUCUAAGGAAACUCGGCUACGAGGGCCAAAGCGCGAUUUUUUCCAUCAGCAGCGAAAACUGCCUGGAUUUCUUCAAAGUUGUGCUGGCUGCGCUGUUUAAUGGGGCCGUUCUGGCCCCAUUAAGUCAUUCCUACACGAACUACGAGUUGGAGCAUUCAUUGGCCAUUAGUCGCCCCCAAGUGGUUUUCUGUUCGCGUGCAGUUCUACCCAAACUCCUGCAGCUCAAAGAACCUCACACUCAUAUCAAGAGGAUAAUUGUUUUGGGAAAACUGGAUGCGGCAAGCGGGCAACCAGGAGUGGAGGGUCUGGAUGAAUUCAUCAGAUCCCAACUGGGCGAUCACAGUGUGGAUGUAAACCGUUUUAAGCCAGCGGAAGGCGACCCGAAAAACUCCAUCGCUUUCAUCCUGUGCUCGUCUGGAACAACCGGACUGCCCAAAGGGGUCGCCCUUUCCCAUAUGAAUAUCCAGGUCCGCCUCAACCAUCAAAGGGAGCCACUUUACACGCCAAAAAAUGAACUGGCUGGAAAGAGCCGGAUGCUCGGUCUGAUGCCCUUUUUCCACGCCUAUGGCCUGAUUGUCACUCUGAGCAGCCUGAACAUGGGCAACACCGUUGUUUGCCUCAAGCGAUUCGAUGAGGAUGUGCUUCUGAGGUCGAUUCAGACCCAUCGAAUCACGAUUCUCACUUUGGUGCCGCCGCUGGCCAUUUUUCUGAGCAAGUCGGACAAAGUCGCCCAUUAUGACUUGAGUGCGGUGGAGACUGUUUAUUGUGCGGGCGCUCCUUUGAAGGCCCACACUGAAGCACAGCUGCAAUUGAGGUUGAAGUGCAAGGAUUGCAGACAAGCUUAUGGAAUGACCGAAACCAGUCUAGCGGUCACCUCAAUGCCCAUCGGUCAGCUCAAAUCCGGCUCCUGUGGACAAGUGAUGACCUUCUUGAUGGCCAAAGUGCGCGAUCCGCAAAGCGGCCGCUCUUUGGGCCCCAACCAGGUCGGCGAGCUCUGCUUCAAGGGCCCCUCCAUCCUGAUGGGCUACUACAAGAACGCAAAGGCCACUCGCGAAGCCUUCACCAGCGACGGCUGGUUCAGAACGGGCGACUUGGGCUACCGCGACGAAGAAGGCUAUUUCUUCAUCAUCGAUCGCCUGAAGGAGCUGAUCAAAUACAACGGCUUCCAAGUGGCUCCGGCCGAGCUCGAGGCCAUUCUUGUGCGCCAUCCAAAGGUCAGCGACGUGGGCGUGGUGGGGCUUCCAGAUGAACUGGUGGGCGAGCGCCCGGUGGCCUUUGUGGUGACGAAGGAAGGCUGCGAACUGACAGAGGAAGAGUUAAAGGCUUAUGUUGCCGGACUGGUGUCGCCCCAAAAACGUCUGUCUGGAGGUGUUCACUUCGUCGCCUCGAUCCCGAAGAACCCCAGUGGCAAAAUCCUGCGAAGGCAGCUGCGGGACUGGCUGAAAAUCCACAGGCGGUCCUUUCAAUCGAAAUUAUAGUCGCUGUAGAGUAA